GGGGCGCUGCGGCUGCCGCUCGUGUGGCUGCUCCGCGGGCUCGGCCCCGCGCCGGGGCCCGCCGCACGCCUCCCCUCGCUGCUGUGCGCCGGGCCGUGGGCCGCGGGGCCGAGCCGCGUCCCGGCCGCCUCCUUCCACAGCAGCGCGGCGGCCCGCGCCAAGGAGGACUACUACCAGGUGCUGGGGGUGCCGCGCUCCGCCAGCCAGAAGGAGAUCAAGAAGGCCUACUACCAGCUGGCGAAGAAAUACCAUCCCGACACAAAUAAGGAUGACCCCAAAGCUAAGGAGAAGUUCGCGCAGCUGGCAGAAGCCUACGAGGUAUUAAGCGAUGAAGUGAAGCGGAAGCAGUACGACGCGUAUGGGACAGCUAGUUUUGAUCCUGGCGCAACAGGCGCCGGUGCCGGUGCUGGGCGCCAGUACUGGAGCAGCGGUCCAUCGAUUGAUCCGGAGGAGCUUUUCAGGAAAAUCUUCGGCGAGUUUUCGGGGUCCCCUUUUGGCGAUUUCCAGAACGUCUUCGACCAGCCGCAGGAGUACAUCAUGGAACUGACCUUCACCCAAGCUGCAAAAGGUGUUAACAAGGAGAUUGUGGUGAACAUCAAUGACUCCUGCGAGCGGUGUGGUGGGAAAGGGAACGAGCCUGGUACCAAAGCACAGCACUGCCACUACUGCAAUGGCACUGGCAUGGAAACGAUAAAUACGGGCCCCUUUGUAAUGCGAUCUACGUGCCGACGGUGUGGCGGUCGUGGUUCCAUCAUCACAACCCCGUGUGUAGUGUGUCGAGGAAGGGGGCAAACCAAACAGAAGAAGACAGUGGUGGUUCCGGUGCCAGCUGGUGUUGAGGACGGGCAGACAGUUCGGAUGCCUGUGGGGAAGAAGGAAAUUUUCAUUACGUUCAGGGUUCAAAAAAGUUCCGUGUUCAGAAGAAAUGGAGCAGAUAUCCAUUCAGACCUCCUUAUUUCAGUAGCACAAGCUGUUCUGGGAGGUACAGCCAGAUGUCAAGGCUUGUACGAGACAAUCAAUAUCACGAUACCCCCUGGUAUUCAGCCAGACCAGAGAAUUCGAAUGAGUGGGAAAGGCAUUCCCAAGGUUAAUAGUUAUGGGUACGGAGACCACUACAUUCACAUAAAGAUAAAAGUUCCUCAGAGGCUGACAGAUCGCCAGAGAGCCUUAAUGAUGAGCUAUGCCGAGGACGAGACAGAUGUGGACGGCACAGUGAACGGAGUCACAAAUACAGCAUCAGGGAAACGUUCUACUGGAAACUAAGAGCCAGCAGCAGCAGAUCAUCUUAGCAGUCGGGGAUGAAUCCUUCUGGCAGCGGGCUCUGGAGAGCGAAGGAUGUCAGUCAGCAGCACAGUGAGAAUCCCAGCUGGAGGCCACAAAGCACUGAGGCACCAACCUUCAUCACGAUACAGUAGCAACCCAGCGUCCUAGGAAAUGGUAACAAUGGAAAAUGCCAGCUUUGUGGUAACGUGGGUGUCUCCUGAGGUUGUUCCACUGUCCAUACUGCUGCUAGAAGCUUAUUUGUUUUUGUUUUUGUUUUUUUUUAAAAAAAAAAAAAAGUUGAAAAAUUACUUAGAAUCCAAACCAGUGGAAAUGUGAAAAUAAAGAAUUGUCCUUCCAGCACAGAGCGGAGCAGUCUGCUGUAUGGAGCCCAAGAUGGCUGCUGUUCACUCAGGUGCCCCUCUGAAUGCUAGACGUGCGUGGUGAACUUGGCACUGCUUAUCUUCUCCUAGGAGACUCGGUGUGUCCGUGGCUUUUAAGCCUGUCUUCACAACAGACAGUCUCCCGCGCCCUUCUAGCCGCCCUGCAUCACGCUCGCAGCAGGAUGUCUCCCUUUCGCUGGGACUUGUCAGAGCCCAGCCGCCCCAGCUUCCUCAGCAGCCUUGGGGUUUCUUAGUCCUGCUGAUUUCCUGCACGAAGCGCAGAGAUGGGAUCUGCGCUUUGCCUCAGGUUUCCUCCCCCUCCUCAAUCGACUGAAGUUACUACGGAGAUGCUGUUGCUUCUAAGCUGGUACAAAUUUAUCACCAAGCCCUUUGCCAGUUUGGACAAAUUUAUUGUUAGUGCAACACCCACAGCAUAAAUGAUUGUUCAGAGUCAUUGUUCUAUGUGUGUGAGAAUACAAGUGAAGUGGAUCGGUCCUUCCAGGAGGAGCUGAGCUCUUGCAGUAUUUUCAUGGUUACUGUUGCCCGCUGUUGUUAGCUAUGCCGUGCAGGUACCAUCAGCCCACAUACUAAUCGACCAGCUAAACAAGAACAUGUCGUAGUCCUGCCCUUCUUAAUUAGCUGAAAAAAAGCACGCGUUGCCUCCUGAUUAAAUUGCCUGUAAAGUGAUUCUGUAUCCAUGUAAAUAAGAUUGAUAAAGAUAUUUAACACGU